CUUUGCAUGUGCAUCUCUGCUUCUGCCCUGUCGCCCGUCGUCACAAUUCCAAGUUUUAGCGCCGCCAGCCGCGAGCCUAGAGUCUAAAUAGUUUAGAGAUUUUUUAUUAAUUAAAGUUAAUCGCAAAAAUGGGAGGCGACGAAGGCAUCGGGGUUACAACAGGGCAGCCUAAUUUAUACAAGCAAGAUUUAUCGAAGCUCGAUGUUGGCAAGCUAACUGCACUGUCCCGGGAAGUCAUCAGUCGACAGGCGACAAUAAAUAUUGGUACGAUCGGACAUGUGGCGCAUGGAAAGUCGACAAUCGUCAAAGCCAUUUCAGGCGUGCAAACUGUACGGUUUAAAAAUGAACUGGAAAGAAAUAUCACCAUCAAACUUGAGCCACACCAUGCCGGGGCGAUCAACAAAGAAAAUGGAAAAAACAGUGUCGAAGAGGCAGAUCCUGUGGAUAAAAGCCCGCCUCCUAACACCGACUCGAGUACGUCCCAAUUUACAAAAAAACGUACUAUUUUUCGGAGCUCUGACGCAGAGCGUCCUGUCAAGAUUCCGCGGCUUGGUGAGGAUGACAACGAUAACGACACCGAUGAUGACAACGACAACGAGGAUGAUAUUAUUCACACCGUGACAACAAACGGUGAGACUUCGCCCAGUAUACCUGAGGAAGAAGCGGCAACGGGAAUUGAGGGGCGAAUCCAGGCUAACGAUUUAGCGGCGUUUGAAGUAAAUGAAAAAAUGAAGUACAGUCUGAAAGAAGCAGUGAUAAAGCUUGAAGAUAUUGGGACAAAGAUAAGCGAAGUUAAGUCCAAUAUAAAAUCGUCUAAUAAUCGCGAGGAAUUACACGAGGUUGAGAAAAUAUUGGAUAAAAGAUAUUCGAAAGGAGUUGAAGUAUACGCUGUAAAGUGGAAAGGAUGGGACAACAGCUUCAACACUUGGGAACCACUUUCGAAUUUGACAAACUGUGCGGAACUGCUGGCAGCUUUCGAGAAUGCAAAUGCCGGACUGGUUGACACGUUUAAAAACCAGAUCAAUUACUAUCCUUCGACGAUGGAGAUAGAAAGUCUUAUGCAGAGUUUCAAGCAGGCAGGAAAGAUAACGGAUUAUAAAUUGCCGAAUAAAGAGGAGCUGAACGAAAACAUAAACAAGCUGUUAAAAUGGCCCAAUAGAAUGAACGCCAAACUGUUGACUAAAGUGAAAUUUGAUAUUUUAGUAUACGAAUUUCAUGAUCACAGAUCUGCCCAGCUAAAGCUUUUGAAAGAAUGGGAAAACGAGAUAAGAACAAUAACGAAAGACAGACCAGUAAUUAAGGUAGAAAAUAAUGUGGACUUUGAAGGUCCUCCGCAGGAUUUUUUAUACGUCGACGAUUAUCUUCCUGGCAAGGGGGUAACGAUACCGGAAGAUCCGCCAAUCGGUUGCGAGUGUUCGGUCUGCGAGCCAAAGUCGAUGUGUUGCGGUAAGCAGUCGGGCGGAUCUUUCGCCUACACGACAGCAAAGAGGAUCAGAGUUCCUCUAGGCACUCCAAUUUACGAAUGCAAUAAAAGGUGCGCUUGCGAUCAGAGCUGCUUGAACCGUGUUGUUCAACACGGGACAUCCGUAAAACUUUGUAUAUUUAGAACAGAGACUGGAUGCGGAUGGGGAGUGAAAUCUCUUCAAUACAUAAAGAAGGGUACUUUCGUUACCGAGUACGUUGGAGAGGUGAUAACAAACGACGAGGCUGAGAGACGGGGAAAAGAGUACGACGCAGCUGGCAGAACUUACUUGUUCGACCUAGACUACAACGAGAUGGAGCAGUGUCCGUACACGGUUGACGCAGCGACCUACGGAAACAUAUCUCACUUUAUAAAUCACUCUUGCGAUCCAAAUUUGGCCGUUUACGGUGUGUGGAUAAAUUGCUUGGAUCCAAAUUUACCGAAACUUGGUUUAUUCGCGACAAGGAAUAUAUUGAGAUACGAAGAAAUUACCUUCGACUACAUGUGCCAAUCGCUCAGGAACACGUCGGUCGUCACACCCAAGAAGGAAAAACUUCAAGCGGAUAUUUCUCCUGCUUCAUCUCCUCGUCAACGACUCGAAUUACCACGCGAUAAUGUUAUUGUAAAUAACGAUUCUGUCGAAUCCAGAGCCAGGUGUAAAUGCGGAGCUGUUAAGUGCAGACGAUAUUUAUUUUAAAUUUAUGCCUCAGGGGGUAAAGUUAUUAUAAUCAUAAUAAUUAUUAUUACUAUUAAUAUUAUUAAUAGAAUAAACAUUAUUGUGUUGUUCCAAGGAUAAGUUGGCUUUGGUUAUCAUAUAAAUCCUUUUUAUAUCUAAGACUUGAGGUUCGAAAUUUAUCUUGGAUGUUUAAUAGGAUUCAAAUUUGUACAAAUAAAUCCGGCCACGACAAUCCUCUGUACAAAAGUAUAGACUAUUUCUCGGGCUUAUUCCCAACGCAAGGGCAAAAAAGCCGAUAACAAUUAAUGUUUUGUUUGGCUGCUAUCAUUUGCAUUUAUUUUUCAUUCUUUCACUAGAGUACACACUAUUAAUGAACAGAUCACUGAUAGUUUUUAAUACUGUUAUAGUUGGUAGUUGGGAUCAACUCACCCAAAUUGAAAGAGAAAUAACGUUUUGCAUUGUUUAGUUUAUAAACUAAAGGUUUAAUCAUUAUUCUGUUUUCAUCUUCUCGUUUUUUCUCUAUAAGAAUUAGCCACUAGUCUCGUUUAUAUUGUUUUCAUAUUAAAGCAUAGUAUUUUAGCUACUAGUAUGUUUAAUUUUAUGUUAUAUUCAGAGAAUAAUUUAAUCCUACCUGGAAAUAAAAAUACGACAAUUAUAUUUAAUACAAUAAGUCUGUGUUAUGCGACGUAGAUUUUUAAACUUGUUAGUAUAAAAUGACGGUUGCCUUUUACUCGUAUCACUUGUUUGUUCAUCCAUUGAAAUCUCAAUUUAGUAAUUAACGGGAAUCAGUUGUAAAUAAAUAUUAGUAUUUUGUUAUACAUAAUAAUGUUAAAUCACAGCUCAGCACAUAGUGCGAUCAUUGACUGAUUAUUCAUCACUGCAUAGAGUUGUUUUUAUUUUUACUCUCAUGAACUCCUCAAAAGCAUUCCGAUGGCUGGGGGUACAAUAGUUUAUUGCAAAAUGAAAACAAGUGUUAAUCAGA